AUGGAAAAAGUAUUUCUUUUCGCUUUUGGACUCUUUGGUUUGGUGCAAUUGAGCCAGUGUGUGUGCCCCACGCUACCCUCAACCAUCGCUGCCUCGUCUUCGACAGGACCGGCGAUCAACGGUGUAUGCACAAGUGGCACCUGUUACAAUGAUGGAACGAGCGAUGGUUGCUAUGCAGCAAGUGCCACUUGCACCAAUGCCUACACUCAAUGCACAACUUGGGUGGCAAACGGCUUCUGCACUUCGACGUACACCUUCGCUCAAAAACAACAAUACUGUGCGGCUAGCUGUGGCCUCUGUGGAUCAACCCCACCACCAAUCACGUGCAGAGACAACAGUACAAGUUGUGCCGCUUGGAACACAAACGGUUUCUGUGCUUCAUCUUAUUACACAACCACCUACAAAACGAACUACUGCGCAGCGACGUGCGGAUUUUGUAGCGGA